CCAUCUCCUUCCCCCCCUUUUCUCCUCGCGAUGGCAUCGACUUUGGCAUACGAUGCCGACCCAGAGAAAGCGAACGGCGGCGAUGUCAAGGGCAAAGAGUUCGCAGACUCGCUGCCCGGCAGCACGAGCGAUGAGGUGGCCAUUGUUGCCGUCAAUGAGAAGCGCGACUUGAAGCGUGGUCUGGAGCAACGUCACAUCUCAAUGCUGGCCCUCGCUGGCGCCAUCGGCACGGGUCUCUUCCUGUCCCUCGGUACCGCUAUCCAGACUGCUGGACCGCUCGGCGCUCUCCUUGGCUAUGGCACCAUCGGCCUCAUCGUGUGCUGUGUGCAGUUUGCAUUGGGAGAGACCACCGCCCUCCUCCCCGUCACGGGCUCUUUUGUCCGUCACUGCGAGUUCCUCGCCGACCCCGCACUCGGCUUCGCAGUAGGAUGGAACCUGACGUACGGCAACGUCAUUGCCAUCCCUACGGAGAUUGUCGCCAUUUGCGUCCUCUUCCAGUACUGGACCGAUCUCAACUCGUCCGUAUUCAUCGUCAUCUUCCUCGCCCUCACUUUCAUCGUCGGCAUAGCCUUUGUGCGCGUUUUUGGUGAGGUCGAGUUCGCCUUUGCUACGCUCAAGAUCGCCCUCGUCGUCUUCCUCAUCAUCUUUGGUCUGGUGAUCAAUCUCGGCGGCAUCCCCGGCGUGGAGCGCAUCGGUUUCCGCUACUGGAACGACCCUGGGCCAUUUGUGGCUUACAUUGCGACCGGAUCGUGGGGCCAAUUCCUGGGCUACUGGCAAAUCAUGACCGGCGCCGUAUUCAGCUUCUCUGGCAUCGAGUCCCUCGCUAUGGCAGCUGCUGAGACGCAGAAUCCUCGCACCGCCAUUCCGCGAGCGUGCAAGCGCGUCUUCUUCCGAGUGGUCCUCUUCUACCUCAUUUCGGUCCUCGUCGUAGGCAUGCUCGUGCCUAGCAACGACGCCCGCCUCAACGACGACUCGGGCACGGCGUCGCAGAGUCCAUUCGUCAUUGCCGCCUCGGCUGCAGGGUAUUCUGCCGUCGGGUCGGUGGUCAACGCCAUUGUCAUUACAUCCGCGUGGUCCUCGUCCAACCAGGCGCUCCUCACCUCCACCCGCGCCCUCUACGCACUCGCGCUCAAGGGUCAAGCGCCCAAGGUUUUCCUCAAGACGACGCGAUGGGGCGCUCCCUGGGUUGGCGUGCUCUUCUGCACAGUCUUCAUGCUGCUGAGCUUCAUGGUCCUGUCCUCGGGAGCCAUGACCGUCUUUUGGUGGCUCGUCGACCUCACGGCCGUGGGCACCAUGAUCUCGUGGCUGGCCAUCCUUUUCAGCCACAUCCGCCUCAAGAUGGCGAUGCAGAAGCAGGGCUACUCGUGGCAUCGCUUGCCGUGGCACAACAUUUGGACGUACUACGCCUCGUGGCUCUCCUUGAUUGCUCUCACGCUCAUCCUCUUCACAAACGGGUUCAGCGCGUUCACAAAGGGCAACUGGAGCGCAUCCACAUUCGUGUCGGCGUACGUGGACAUCCCUCUUGUAGUGGCGGCGUUUGUCAUCUGGAAGCUCAUCAAGAAGACGAGGUGGAUCCCCCUCGAGGCCAUCCCGCUCGCCGCGGCGCUGGAUGAGGCGGAGCGAGACUUGGCAGAGGAGAAGGCGAGCCAGGUGCCGCGAACGGGCAAGAUGAGAUACGUAGACUGGAUUUGGAACUAG